AUGGCGUGCUGCACCAGCCGUCUCGUCCUCGUCCUCUCGGCCGCCGUCCUGCUCGUCGUCCUCGGUGCCGAGGCCGCCGUCGGCAGCGCCCCGAGCUACUGCGUGCCGGGAAAGGCCAUCCCGUACAGCCCACUAUCCGGGUGCGUCUGGUACGUGGCGAGCCGGAGCUGCGACGUGGUGGUGGCCAUGCUCCCCGUUCUCAAGGCGACGUGCUGCGGCCAGCUGCAGGACAUCCCCGCGGAGUGCCGUUGCCGGGCGCUGCGGGUGAUGAUGGAGACGGACCCCCUCGUCUUGGGCGCGGAGCCGGGGGCACAGCAGAGGUGCCGCGCCGCGCAGGCCCGCUUCGCCCCCGCCGUCGUGACGGAGGCCGAGUGCCGCCUGCGAACCGUCCACGGCAGGCCCUUCUGCAACGCGCUCGACGCCGAGUGA